AUGGCCUUGUUUCGCAAAUUGUUCUACCGCAAACCUCCAGAUGGCUUGCUCGAGAUAUGCGACAGAGUUUUCGUGUUCGACUGCUGCUUCUCUUCCGAUGCUUGGGAAGAACCUAACUACAAAGUUUAUAUCGCGGGAGUAGUCAAUCAGCUACAAGAGCACUUCCCCGACGCAUCCUCUCUCGUGUUUAAUUUCCGUGAAGUUGGUACUCCGAGUGUGAUGGCUGAUGUCUUGUCAGAACAUGGCUUGACCAUAAUGGAUUAUCCUCGCCACUACGAAGGCUGCUCACUCUUACCUGUGGAAGUGAUGCAUCAUUUCCUCCGGUCAAGUGAAAGCUGGCUCUCCCUUGGCCCAACCAAUUUGUUACUAAUGCACUGUGAACGUGGGGCUUGGCCAGUUUUAGCUUUCAUGCUAGCUGCCCUCCUUAUUUACCGGAAGCAGUACAGUGGUGAGUACAAGACCUUGGACAUGAUCUACAAGCAGGCUCCGCGUGAGCUUCUGCACUUGUUCUCACCCUUGAACCCGAUUCCUUCUCAGCUACGGUAUUUACAGUAUGUGUCGAGAAGGAAUUUGGUCUCUGAAUGGCCUCCACUGGAUAGGGCUCUCACCAUGGAUUGUGUUAUUUUGAGAUUCAUUCCUGAUGUUAGUGGACAAGGAGGCUUUCGCCCACUCUUCCGGGUAUAUGGUCAGGAUCCGUUUUUUGUAGAUGACAAAAAGCCUAAGCUUUUGUACUCUACUCCCAAGAAAGGGAAACACCUGAGGAUCUACAAGCAGGCAGAACGUGAACUAGUCAAGAUUGACAUCAAUUGUCAUGUACAAGGGGAUAUCGUGAUUGAGUGCCUCAGUUUGAAUGAUGACAUGGAAAGAGAGGUCAUGCUGUUCCGACUGGUCUUCAACACAGCUUUUAUUAGAUCAAACAUUUUGAUGCUUAACCGUGAUGAAGUUGACACACUAUGGCAUACAAAAGAACAAUUCCCAAAGGGGUUCAGGGUUGAGCUUCUCUUUUCGGAUAUGGAUGCUGCCUCGUCUGUUGACUUGAUGGAUUUUUCGUGCUUGGAGGAGAAGGAUGGUCUUCCAAUAGAAGUUUUUUCCAAAGUUCAUGAGUUUUUCAAUCAAGUUGACUGGGUUGAUCAGACGGAUGCCACACGCAAUAUGCUUCAGCAUUUAGCUAUUGCAAAUGCUCAGGAAAGACCAGAUGGGAAUUCAAGCCCAAGACUACAAGGGUUAAGCCCCAAAAGUAUCCAUGAUAUAAUGAAACAGUCAGCAAUUGAUAAUAGUGCAAAGUUCAAAUUGUCCUCAGUGUCCGAGGUUGAAACGGUCGACACCCCAGAACAGUGUCCUACCGGUUCAGUCAAGAAGCUCAUAGCAGAAGAUCUGCAUUCUGUCCUUCAGAUGAGCAGCCCGGCAAACAACACCAGUCAGGAUGCAACAGAGUUGUCACGUCAAGAGUCCCCUUCUCUCAAGCUUGUGCAUCAUUCUGCAACCGUUAAACCUCUUGUUGAACUUUCUGAGGAGAAUAUUCCGAAGAGUCCUUCUCCAGAAAAUAAUGGGACAGCGGUCUCAUUUUCUCCAUCUACACCAUCACAACCUUCUCCUGCAAGAACAUCUUUGGCUCCAACAGGAGCACCUGCCCCACCUCCUCCACCUUCAGCGCCUCCAUCUGUUGCCUCUCAACCUUCAGAACAGUUGCAGCAUUCAGAGACUCUUUCACAAGGAAAUGCAUGGGUGUCAUUAGCUGGCUCGACACUUCAUCUAACAAGUCCAAACGAAAAAGUUCCUCCUACUCCACCUCCAAUAGGAGCUCCCAGUGAUGUGGCUACACCUCUUGGUCAACCGGCCAGGUCGCCUCCUCCAGUGUCUAAUUCAAACAAAACACCUGCGUUGCAUCGGCCACCUCCUCCUCCCCCUCCUCCUCCUUCUCAAAUGCAGCAUUCAGACCAGAAUACGGUCCCUAAAGUUUCCCCUCCACCCCCACCCCCACCCCCACCCCCACCACCAACCUCAGCACCAGCUAUCGCUGCCUCUCCUCCCCCUCCCCCCGCUCCUCCAACACCACAAUCUAGUGGAAACUCUGCCAUUAAAAUAUCACCUCCUGCACCUCCACCUCCACCGCUUCCUAACUCUUCUGCAUCUCCCCCACCACCACCACCACCACCGGGUCAGAUGAAGGCACCAUCAGCACCACCUCCACCACCAUUAGGUGGUCAGAUGAGAUCAUCAUCAAUACCACCUCCUCCUCCUCCAAAGUUAGGAACCAACUCAUCUUCUGGUAGUGUGCCUCCGACACCUGCUUUACCAACUGGGUCUCUUUCAUCAGGAAAAGGGCGAAUGUUACGUGUUAAUCUAAAGAAUAGUCCAACCAAAAAGUUAAAGCCAUACCACUGGUUGAAACUGACAAGAGCUGUCAAUGGGAGCUUAUGGGCUGAAACACAAAUGUCUAGUGAAGCUUCUAAGGCUCCUGAGAUUGACAUGACAGAGCUUGAAAGUCUUUUCUCUGCAUCUGCUCCAGACCAGGCAGGAAAUUCAAGACUAAAUACCUCUCGUGGACCUAAACCCGAGAAAGUCCAACUGAUUGAACACAGACGAGCAUAUAAUUGUGAAAUUAUGCUUUCAAAAGUGAAAGUACCUUUGCAGGAUUUGAUGCACUCAGUGCUUAACCUGGAGGAAUCGGCUCUUGAUGCUGAUCAGGUUGAGAACCUAAUUAAGUUUUGCCCGACAAGAGAAGAAAUGGAAAUGCUAAAGGGUUACACUGGUGAUAAGGACAAGCUUGGAAAAUGCGAACUGUUCUUCUUAGAGUUGAUGAAAGUCCCACGAGUGGAAACAAAGCUAAGGGUAUUCUCAUUCAAAAUUCAGUUUCGUUCUCAGAUUUCUGAACUCAAGAAUAGUCUAAGUGUUGUGAACUCCGCAGCAGAACAGAUAAAGAAUUCUGAAAAAUUCAAAAGAAUAAUGCAGACAAUUUUGUCCCUUGGAAACGCACUAAACCAGGGGACGGCUAGGGGUGCUGCGGUUGGGUUUAAACUGGACAGUCUGCCAAAACUCAGCGAAACACGGGCACGUAAUAACCGUAUGACUCUGAUGCAUUAUCUAUGCAAGAUUCUUGCUGAGAAAAUGCCAGAAGUUUUAGAUUUCACAAAAGAUUUAUCCUCACUGGAGCCUGCAACAAAGAUUCAACUGAAGUAUUUGGCUGAGGAGAUGCAAGCUAUAAACAAGGGACUGGAGAAAGUCGUACAGGAACUCUCUUUGUCUGAAAAUGACGGCCCAAUCUCACAUAACUUCAACAAGAUAUUGAAAGAGUUCCUUCUCUAUGCGGAAGCAGAAGUAAGGUCCCUGGCUUCACUCUAUUCUGGAGUGGGAAGAAACGUGGAUGGCUUAAUUCUUUACUUUGGUGAAGACCCUGCUAAGUGCCCUUUUGAACAAGUGGUGUCGACUCUUCUGAGCUUUGUGAGACUGUUCAAUCGUGCGCACGAAGAAAAUGGAAAACAGCUUGAGGCGGAAGCUAAGAAGAGUGCGGAAAAAGAGAAAUCAAAAACAGGUGGAGUAGAUAAAGAAAGCAGAAAGUCCUUUGAGGAAGAAAUUAAGAAGGAGAAAACAAAAUCAAGUGAGUUAGAUAAAGAAACGAGGGAGCCACAGAAGGAAGGAAGCGUUGCUUGA